UCUUCGCCGGUUUUCCGCCUACCGCCCCUGGUUUCAUUGCACCGCCUAAGAACAUUCGCGAAGCUUUUACCUCUCUCAUAAGCUCGUCGGCGUAUUUGUUGUAUUCGAGCCGGAAAGAUGAGCGCAGGGCAGCGGACGGUGGUGGCGAAGCCUGGCCGAAGCGACGACGUAUUGGAUGAAGCACAGCAGAUUCGAAUCUAUAACGAGGUCCGAGCGCAGUUCGAGUCUCUCGCCCCAAAACGCCCAAUCAAGCCUGAUCGGAGCGAGCCUGGUGCUUUCUCGGACGCAGUUUCAGCUCCAGAUGUAGAAGUUCCCGUCCCCGAGCUCGACAAGCUCCGAUCUCUUCGAAAUCAAUCGCAAGCGGUAUUUCCUGAAACUAAUCCGUCGGAGGCGGAGGAGUUUGUGGAGACUGAAUACUACAAAGCACUGGAUUCCAUUGACAAACAGCAUCAUACAACCGGAAGUGGAUUCAUAAAGGCAGGGAUGGAUCGCAACGCCGUCAAUGGAUAUGAACUCCAAGUAAACGGUUUCCAUGGAAAACAAACAGAAAUGGCGUUCAAGAGCAAUCCAGCAACCAAUGACUGGACACCAAAACUUGAAGAUCAUCAGGUUGAAUUCCUCUCCUCUAAGCCUGAUAGGAGUGAAAUUUCUUGAGUGAAGAUCGAUGUGCCCGUCCCUUCAUACUCUCUUCUUCUUUCUCUGUGUGUGAGAAAAUUCUGCAUCAUUGAACAGAUGGCGGUGAUGAUUGUGAUUUCAGUGUUUAUAGGCAAAAUAAUAAUCGAUUUGGCAAA